UCCAUGUUUCGUUAUUUUGUCCAUACUUCCUACCUAUAUAGUUUGUUUUUAUAACUUUUACCUUUUUGCAUACCUACCUGUCUAACUAUCGCAAUCGAGUCUUUUUUGGUUAAACGUCGGAAGAAAGCGCAUAUUUUGAUAAAUAACCCGCCGUAUUUAUUGUGAAUGUUGUGUAUGCUUUAUUGAAAUUGUGAAGUGAAAAAAAAAAACUAAAAGUUAUCUCUAUCACACCUGAUAUCGAAUUUAUAUGUACCUAAUGCUAAAAGUUCAUAACAAAAGUCCUAAGGGAGUAAAGAAAUAUAAAAGAAAAACACCUGUAGCAGCAAUAACGAAGAUGCAACAACAAAAUUAAAUUAUUACAAAAAAAUACAAAAAAGUGAAUAAUGUAAAUAUUAUAUAUAAAAAGUGAAAAAACAAGAAAUUGAAACAAAAAAAAGUUAACAUUCCUGAAACGAAAUAAAGUUUUAUGUUUGCAUUGCAACCAACACCGGCUAUGGGAGCCGUUGUUGCCCCAUGGUCAGGUUCAAUGAUUGAUAGGAUACCAUCCUUGGAUGAUAUGCCGCACAAAGGUAAAGACAAUGUCAUUGCCAUGCGAAAUCUACAUUAUAUGGGUACAGGAAAAGCUACUGCUGUGGAUACAACAACGGCCGAAUCAUCCUCUACUCCCACACACUCCUCAUCGUCAUCAUCGUCGUCGUCAUAUUUUGCUGCGACAACUUAUUAUCAUAUAACAGAUGAUGAAUGCCAUAGUGGAGUGAAUCAGUUGGGUGGUGUGUUUGUAGGUGGUAGGCCGUUACCCGACUCGACACGCCAAAAAAUUGUCGAAUUAGCACAUUCUGGUGCUCGUCCUUGUGAUAUAUCACGCAUCCUUCAAGUGUCGAAUGGAUGUGUUAGUAAAAUUCUUGGAAGAUAUUAUGAAACCGGUAGCAUUCGACCAAGAGCCAUUGGUGGAUCUAAGCCACGUGUAGCAACAGCCGAAGUUGUUAAUAAAAUUUCGCAGUACAAACGUGAAUGUCCGAGCAUAUUUGCAUGGGAAAUUCGUGAUAGAUUAUUACAAGAUGGAGUAUGUUCAAACGACAAUAUACCAAGUGUUUCAUCAAUAAAUCGUGUCCUGAGAAAUUUAGCCGCGCAAAAGGAACAACAACAACAUCCUCCAAGUAAUCAACUAGGUAGUGGUGGUGCUGGGACGACGAGUAGUGGUAGCACAAGUAGUAAUGUCGGGCAGCAGCAACAAAUUUCAACACCAUUGAAUUCAGCCGGGAGUGUUGGAAGUAAUAAUUGCAACGGCGGCGGCGGUUCUGUAGGCACUACUUCGAGCAGUGUCGGCGGCGGCCUUAUUGAUGUGGGUAGUGAUUCAGUUUAUGAUAAAUUACGUUUACUAAAUGGUCAUUAUCACCAUCAUCAUACUCAUGCCCACAAUCAGAGUGCUCAAGCAGCUGCAGCUGCUGCAGCAGCAGCAGGAUGUUGGCCACGAGCACCUCCGUCCUGGUACUCGACACCCUUAAAUGGAGGUUCUCCGUUUCCGUCUUCGUUGCAGCCUUUAAGUCCCAGUAGUGGGUCAGUUGGAUCGGUGCUGGGAGUUGGUAGCUGUUCUGAAGAUAUUCAUCUGAAGAAAGAACUCGAUGGCCAUCAUUCAGAUGAAACAGGUUCAGGUGAAGGGGAUAAUUCGAAUGCUGGUUCAAAUUUAGGUGCCAACGACGAUGAUCAAGCUAGACUUAUUUUGAAGCGAAAAUUACAGCGAAAUCGUACGUCAUUUACCAACGAUCAAAUUGACAGUUUAGAAAAAGAAUUUGAACGAACACACUACCCUGAUGUUUUUGCCCGUGAACGACUAGCUGCAAAGAUUGGUUUACCUGAGGCACGAAUUCAAGUUUGGUUUUCUAACCGACGCGCUAAAUGGCGACGCGAAGAAAAACUUAGAAAUCAACGUCGUUCCCCUAAUAAUAAUACAACAGCAACAACUUCAACGUCUUCAACAACACCUGGUGUCAAUGCUUUAGGCAGCAGUGGUGAAAGUGGCAGUAAUGGCAGUGGCAGUAUUGUCGGAUUGGCUACCAAUAAUAAUCCAACAGCAAUCAGCGGCGGAGGUGCCAUCAAUUCACUGACAGAUCUCAGUCCACCACCAUCAUUGAAUAAUAGCGGUACACCGACAUCUUCCGAUCAUCAUCUGAUGCAUCAACAUCAUCAAUCUCAAAGUAGCAGGGGCCUGCUAGGUUCGAGUUUGGGAUUAAGCAACUCUCAUCAUCUUACACCAUCGGCUGUUCAAUCACUUUCACCGCGCUUGAAUUUGAAUAGUGGAUUCAGUAGUACAAUGGGAGCGAUGUAUUCAACAGUGCAUCACCCUCCAAUGCCAAUGAGUGACUCUUACAGUCCAAUGUCAUCGAUGUCAUCGUUCACACAUCCAUCGAUCACAUCCAUGCCCUCAUCACCCAAUAUCGGUAUCGUUCCAUCGGGCAUUUCAGCAGCAUCAGCUACGAGUUGCUUGCAGCAGCAUCAACGCGAUCUCACUCCACCAUCUCUUUAUCAAUGCCAUAUGUCACUGCGUGGACCCAUCCCUCCUCCCGUUGGGAGUUCAUUUUCACCUCACAAUUCCAAUGCAAGCAGCGGUGGAGGAAGUGUUGCCCCUGGCAAUGGCGGUGGUUCCUCUUCUUCCAACUCCGGGAUACCACCACCCUCACUUUCACAUUCUUCUGCACCAUCCCACUCGCACCCAGCUGCUGCAGCGGCAGCUGCAGCUGCCGCAGCUUAUGACUCACUUGGUCUCAGUGGCUAUGGGCCACCACCGCAUCCGCCACCAACUACUCCUAGCGAUGGUCGUCACUCAUCAUGUAGUCCACAUCAAGGCUAUCAAAUGGCAGGUUCUGUUGCUCAAUCCACUGCCUACUCUUCGGGAAACAACAACAACAGCAGCACAGGUAAACAAUUUUUCGCGUCAUGUUUCUAUUCACCAUGGGUCUAAGGCCCGCCUCCCAACAAACACCCUUCCGAUCAAAACAUUAAUUUUGAAUAUUAUAUUCAAAAUCAAAAACACAAUUUUACGAAAAUGGUUGUGCGAGUUUUAUGUAACAAAAAGGCACAAAUAUUGCAACAAAAAUUAAUUACAUUCACAAAUACAUAUUUUUCAAAUAAUGAAGCAAACAUUAAUAAUUUGGUGCUACGGACAAAAUUUGCACAAGAUAUUAUUUUUUAAUAUAUAUUUAAGCGUGUUGUAUUUAAUAUUAAUUUUAAAAAAGAGCAUAAAAAAAGGUAUGAAGAAAAUGUUUCUUUUUCUGUAUUUAUUUAUUA